AUGAAGACUGCAGUUGCUGAAAUAGUCAUCAUUGCAUUUCAUAUCAUUACCCUAUGUAUCCACGAAUCAUUCGGUGACGGUGGUGGUCUCGCAGAACUCGCUGCAAUAACUGGCGAUGUACCUUAUUUCGAUAGUGGCAAUCCAUGGAUAACAUAUCCUCGAAUCGCAGAUGGCGGAGGCCGUUUCUAUAAACCAUACUAUUACGACAGAGUAUCUCCUUAUUAUACAUCGGAUUUGUCUCUUCCGUACUAUUAUAGCUUACGUGGUUUUAGCCGCCGUAGUCCAGAGCGCCUGGGGAGUCGAACCAUAUUUUAUGGAGGAAAAAGAGAUUCCUUAAUCAACACGUAA